UGAAGUUACACAGACUGGCCCUUUAAAAUCACCGUCACUUCUCUGAAGACUUCUUCUGCUUCUCUUACUCAGGUCAGCUGAGUGUUAAGAAAGAGCUUCCUUUCUUUUCCCUUGCUCUUUUUAAAAAGAUAAUUUCACACUUUCUAGUUUGACAAAUACAAACAGACAUUUUUGUGGAUCCUUUUUUUAAAAAAAAAAGUUAUCAGAGGGACUUUUGGAGAACCUUCUAUCUCCUCUUCGCCCUCUUGCCUCUCUCGGGGGAAACCUCAGCAGAUGACGAUGGACAUGUCCGACCUUCCCUUCCCUCUCUCCCCAGCCGACGACCUUUACGACGACCCCUGCUUCAGCACGAGUGACCUGAACUUUUUCGACGACCUGGACGCUCGGCUGCUGCUGAAGCCGGAAGACCACCCCCAUCACCAUCAACACCACCACCACGUGGCGAAGGAUGAGCAUGUGCGGGCCCCCGGGGGCCUCCACCAGGCAGGACACUGCCUGCUGUGGGCCUGCAAGGCCUGCAAGAGGAAGACGACAAAUGAAGACAGACGAAAAGCGGCGACGAUGCGGGAGAGGCGUCGGCUCGGCAGAGUCAACGACGCCUUUGAGACCCUGAAGCGCUGCACGGCCUCCAGUCCCAACCAGAGGCUGCCCAAAGUCGACAUCCUGCGCAACGCCAUCAGCUACAUCGAGUCCCUGCAGGCGCUGCUGAGGACGGGCCAGGAGGACGCCUUCUACCCGCCCCUGGAACACUACGGCGGCGACUCGGACGCCUCCAGCCCCCGCUCCAACUGCUCCGAUGGCACGGUGGAUUUCAUGUCUCCGUGUUCGACCAGAAGUGAAAACAGUGACGGUUCCUACUGCGGCCAGACAACAUACGAUUCCAGCAGCACCAAACCGUCCGUCCUUUCCAGUCUGGAUUGUUUGUCCAGCAUCGUACAGCGGAUCAGCACAGAGCCCGCCGUGGUCCCCCUCGGAGACAGCGUGGUCCCCAGGGGCCCCGGAUCACCUGUGACCAGCCCUGCCGUCUCCAGGCCCUCCGCUGAACCCAACAGCAUGUACGAGCCGCUCUGAGCCUGACGGAGCAGAGACAAGACUUAUUCCCUCCACUUUCAAAACACUUCAAUGUUCCUUCUACAGUUGGAGCUAAGAUAGCUUUUUCAUACCAUCGCUCUAAAUUGAUUUUCUCCUUCCGUUUGGGUGAGGACUUUUCCUCUGACGCUUCAGUACAGUUUCUUCAGGCUGGUGCUUCAGGAUUCAGUCACCUGGUUGGCUGCUGUGUGGUCGACAAAUUUCAUCAGGAGAAAAUGUUUUAUUAAAAUAUAAAGAUCCUCCUUCUAUGUAUAAAUACUAUGUAGGAUUAGAGGGAGGAGAAUAUUUUGUUUUUACUCAUUUCUGCUGCAGACAUAAUUACCAAGGAUCAUUUUGUACAUAUGUAUAUAAGAGCGGCGUGUUCAUAGUACACACACACACAAACACACGCACACACACAGGAUGCUGGGAUUGUUGUGUCAUAUGUUUCUAUAUAUUAUUUAUGAGUGAAUGGCAUCUUAAUAAAUAAAUAUAUAUAUUCUGA